AUGAGACGAUUAAAGAUUGGUAUUCGACCCCAGUUGAUUAUUCUUGUUUGCUUCGCUUCUUUGUUUUCCUUAUUAAUUUUAGCAGUUGUUACCGGAGUAUAUUUUAGUGAAAAUUUGAAUGAUUUACGAGCGGAACGAUUGGAAGUUAUAUCACAAUUAAAAACAACACAAGUAUCACAAUCUUUAGGAUAUCUAUCAUAUCAAGUAUUAUGGUUAACAACACUAGACCAAAUCACACAACCUUUAUCACAAUAUCGAGCUGGUAAUAAUUCAAGAGAUAUGUUUAUUGGUGCACAAAGUACUUUAGAUCAAUUUAUGUCAUCAAAUGAAAACUUCGUAGCAGUCAGAUUAUACAACUUAGAUUUAGAUGUUGUAGCUGCUUCUGCUAAUAAUGCCACCGUAGUAUCAACAGAAGCAACAAAUAUAUUAUUCCCAUUACAAGCAAAUGCAACUUUACCUCAAUCAUUAUUAAAUCCAUCUGGUUCAGGAUUAUUUUUAACCGGUCCAGUUAGUAAUGGUACUGUGAAUUAUUAUGAUGAAGCUUAUUACUCCCAACCUUAUUUCAUGGGUAUAACAUUCCCAGUAUUAUCAAAUUCUUCCAUCAUUCUUAAUAAACCAUACAUAUCGGGCUAUUUAACAGUACUUGCAUCAGCAAAACCCAUUCAAGAUUCCUUACUGGCAUCAUCUCCUGGAGCGACCGGUUAUACUUCAAUAGCAGUCAAACCAAUAUUUGACAACUCUCUGACAGGAGCUUAUACUACACCUUCAAAUGACUCCAGUACUAAUCGACCGCCAGUGGGAUUUGAAACAGUUUUCCCAGUUAACAAUAGUUUAUUAACCCCAGGACAAGUAUAUAACAUCAAUGAUUCAUCUUCUAUAAAAACCGCUCUUGAAACAACUGCGGGAUCAGGAACAGCUACUAAUGUGGUUUCAAUUAGUAAUGAAAGAGUUGCAAUUGGAUUUACUAGAUUUAUAAUUGAUCAAAAUACUCAAUGGGUAAUUAUCAUUGUUCAAAGUCGAUCAGUAUUUAUGGAACCUAUUAAUCGAUUAAAACGAAUAAUUAUUGGAGUUGUAAUAGGUAUUGGAGUAUUUAUGUGUCUAUUGACUUUCCCAUUAGCAGUUUGGUUUAUACGACCGAUAACAAAAUUAAAAGAAGCUACUGAAGCAAUUACGAGAUAUAAGAAGGAAAAAUCACAAUUUAAUAAUCAAUAUAAAAAUCCAAAUAAUAAUAAUGAUACACCAACACCAAUGUCAACAUCAAUUAAUGAACUGAUACUGGAAGGUGGUGCGACCAAAUUAAGUAAUAGAACAGGAAGUAUAACUUCAGGAUCAGGGUCAGUUUACUCAACCGGGAUAAGAUUACCUGAAAGAAUACCGAGAUCAAAGAAAUUUUUCAAGGAUGAAUUAACUGAAUUAUCAGAAGCAUUUAAUAUUAUGACAGAAGAAUUAGAUAAACAAUAUACCCAUUUAGAAGAUCGAGUUAGAUCAAGAACCAAAGAAUUAGAAGCUUCCAAGAUUGAAGCAGAAGCUGCUAAUGAAGCCAAGACAGUUUUCAUUGCCAAUAUUUCUCAUGAAUUAAGAACACCAUUGAAUGGUAUUUUGGGAAUGACUUCAAUUGCAAUGGAUGAAGAAGAUCAAACAAGAAUUCAAGAUUCAUUGAAAUUAAUCCAUAGAUCAGGGGAAUUAUUAUUACAUAUUUUAACUGAAUUAUUAACCUAUUCUAAAAAUACUUUGAAUAGAUCAAAAUUGGAGAAAUCAAAUUUCCAAAUUCUUGAAAUUGUUUAUCAAGUGAAAUCAAUUUUUAAUAAAUUAGCACAAGAUCAAAGAGUUAAUUUUGAUAUAUUGAUUAAACCUAAUGUGUUUAGGAAAUUAAUUCUUUUUGGAGAUUCAAAUAGAAUUAUACAGAUUGUUAUGAAUUUAGUUUCAAAUUCUUUGAAAUUUACACCUGUUGAUGGAUCAGUUAAUGUUACUUUUAAAUUAUUAGGUGAAUAUGAUGAAGAACGAUCGAAAGCGGAGAAUUAUCAACAUGUUUAUAUUUUACAUAGAGGAGAUGUUCCACCACCACCAGGACCCAGAAGAAGUAGACACGCAUCAACCACUUCAAAUACGGGAAUUCCAAGUACUAGUAUCACCGCCACCACCACAACUCCAAAUGAACCUGCACGAGAAACUGAUAAAGGUUAUUUCAGAAGAUCUAAGAGUAAGCAUCAAUCCGAUGGAGAUCGUCCUGAUUUAUUAGCAGAUCAAAAUGAUGAUAUGAUAAGUAUAGUAACGUUAUCCACUGCCGAAUAUGAAAACACAGUAUUUGACAAUCAAUUUAAACCAAAGGCGUUACCCGAUAUUCCAUCAUCCUCAUUCACUCCUCCUUCAUCCUCAUCAGAAAAAUUACCCAAGAAUAUCGCAUCAACUAGUAGUAAAGAUGGUUCAAUCGAUACCAUUGUUCUCGAGGAUGAGAAGACGGAUAUUUCAUCUCCUGGAACAAGUGAAGAUCAUUCCGAAAAUUCAAACCUGACAAAUUCAACCCCACAACAAGAAAAACAUAAAACCCUCGAUCCUAUUCAACGUCGUGAUUCUACUCCAUCCCCAAUCUUAAGUGCCCAAGACCCCCUCAAUAUCCUUGCGCAACCACAGGGAUAUCCUAUUCAUGAAAAGAAAAUCAUCGCCCCGGACCUACCACCAAUGGCGGCAUCAAUUGAAGAAACGGAGAUUGUCAAGGAUGAUAAAGUAUAUAGAAUCAGAACGAUGUAUAAACCCAAAACAUGGGCUAUUCAAGUUGAAGUCACCGACACUGGCCCCGGGAUUGAACCUGCAUUACAAGAAAAAGUAUUUGAACCAUUUGUACAAGGAGAUCAAACCUUAUCUAGAAGUUAUGGAGGUACUGGAUUAGGACUUUCUAUUUGUCGACAAUUGGCCACGAUGAUGAAUGGGACCUUGACGUUAAAAUCAACAAUUGGAAGAGGAUCGACGUUUACGUUGACGAUUCCAUUACCUCAGACGGGGGAGAUUAUGGUUCCGCCAGAUGAAAUGGCAUAUUUCUGUGAGGAUGAAUUUAAUCCGCAUUCGAAAAUGAAUAGAAAAGUGGCAUUUGAUGAUAAAGUAACCGAUCUCCAUACUCCUAUAAGUGAAGAACCCCCCAUGACAACUUCUUCCAGUGAGGAUGGUAGUGAUACUAAGAGUUCUCCCGAAUCGCCAUAUCCUCCAAGUUCACCCAGGAUGGAAAGACCCAAAUUUGAAAAAUCAGAUACGAAAGGAUUUAAUCAAAAACCACGAUUAUAUGCUCGGGGCUCUACCGGCACGGCUGAUUCUGGAGGGAAUAGAUCCGGAAAUUGGAGUGGUAGUAGUGGAUCUGAACACGGUGGAAAUUUACUUGAUGAGAUUAUUCAUCUCAAGAUUUUGGUUGCUGAAGAUAAUUUAGUGAAUCAAGAAGUUAUAAGACGGAUGUUGAAAUUAGAAGGUUUUACGAAUAUUACUAUGGCAUGUAAUGGAGCAGAAGCGAUUGAAUUGGUGAAGGAUUCAAUUGAAAAAGAAGAUAUGUAUGAUUUAAUCUUUAUGGAUGUUCAAAUGCCAAAAGUUGAUGGAUUAUUGGCAACUAGAAUGAUUAGAAAUAAUUUACAUUAUGAUAAACCGAUUAUUGCCUUGACUGCAUUUGCUGAUGAAAGUAAUGUUCGAGAAUGUUUGAAUAGUGGAAUGAGUGGAUUUUUAUCUAAACCUAUUAGAAGAACGAAUUUAAGAAAGAUUAUUGUUGAAUUUAGUCCGGUUUUAUUGAGUGAGAUUGUGACUACUCCACAAACUCAUCAUAGUAAUGAAGAUAAGAGAUUGGGAUUUGGGAGUUCAUAUAUUCCUCCAAUGGAGUAUUAA